GAGACUGUUGACCGCAAUCUGGACGCUUUUCUAAGUGAGGUCUUGCGCACUUCACCCCCGGCACCCUUCGCCAUGCGCCUGGUCGAGGAGGAUCUUGAGGUGAGCAAAGUACCUGUGCCGGCCGGCUGGCUCAUGGUCUACGGCUUCGCCGGCACUCUGCUGUGCGACGCCGAGCGCUACCCUCAACCCAAGGAGUUUCUUUGGAAUCGAACCUUCUCCGACGGCCAAGGCCAGAGCCUCGACGAGGCUGCUUUCGGUGGUGGUCCGCGGAUGUGCCCCGGUCGCUUCCUUGCGGCUCAG